UUUGGCUCACUGCUGGGCGCAACAAGUAGGUUGAUGGCAGUGCAGGCGGCGCGCAAGGCUUUUUCCAGUGAGGUGUCGCUGCUCCUCACUGCGAGGGGAGGCGCUUGUGUCUCGCUGCUAAAGCCGUGCGCUGAGUUCCCCCCACAGACGGACGUGGCUGCUCGUCCCUCUCGCCAUGGCCACGGGCUCGUCUUCAUUUGCCUGAAUGGAGCCGCUCAGACGGACGGCGAUGCCUGAACCCUCCGAGUCGAGGCUCACACGGCCGUUUUAACCGGGCACUUCCCCCGCCGAGCCCCCCGCGCCUCCGCCAGCGAGCUGAAGAAGAAGUGCAGCAGAUCAUCAUCAGUCUGAUGGUUCACACUGUACCGUCUUCGGGAUGACAGACGAGAUCUGAAGGACAGUCCUGGCUCCUCCUCAAGGUUUUUCAAUUUCAUUUUCGUGCCUACGUUCUUCCUCAAUGGGCUCCCGCAGCCAGGGCUUCUUCCACCAUCACCAUCACCAGCACCACCACCGCAGCUCCCUGGUGCCCGCCGCCGUGCCCAGACUGUUGCCCGAGACAGGGAGCUUGCUGGGCGGCAUCGCCCAGAUCACGCCCACCCUCUUCCUCAGCCGUGGAAAUGUGGCAUCCAACCGCAGCCUGCUGCUGUCCAAGGGCAUCACGUGUGUGGUCAAUGCCACCAUCGAGCUGCCCAACUUCAACUGGCCUCAUGUGGAGUACGUGAAGGUGCCGCUGGCUGACAUGCCGCAUUCUCCCAUCUCGCUCUACUUCGACAGCGUGGCAGACAAGAUCCACAGUGUGGGCCGGAAGCGAGGUGCCGUGCUGGUGCACUGCGCCGCUGGCGUCAGCCGCUCAGCCUCGCUCUGCCUGGCCUACCUCAUGAAGUACCAUCGAGUGUCCUUGGCUGAGGCGUAUGCCUGGGUUAAAGCACGCCGGCCUGUCAUUCGACCCAACGGUGGCUUCUGGAGGCAGCUCAUUGAAUACGAGAGGAAACUCUUCGGCAAGACUUCGGUCAAGAUGGUGCAGACGCCCUAUGGGGUCGUCCCUGACGUCUACGAGCGAGACCGUAGGAAUCUUGCACCAUACUGGGGGCUUUAAAUGACUUGCCGGGGCUUCGUUUUUGGGGGAGAGAAGGAGUCAGGAAGGUGAGCAGAUAUAAUUGCCAAACUGUGACUUGACCGUCUUCUGGUCUCCCUGUCACUAGGCUAACGACUCCUCCCCCUAAGCCUCCGAUUUAAGAGUUUGACUGUGUGAUCACUACUUACAGCCCCCCGUGUGUUGAGUGUGAGACUCUGAGAGGAUCAGCUGAUGCAGUGAUGUCAAUGCAUUCUUGUCUAUUGAUGAGAGGGAGCAAGUUAGACCGAGUUGAGAUUUUCUGGUGAGGUCAGGAGUGGCAGACCCUGAGAUAUUUUUGAUUAGCAAGAUGAACUAAAUCAGUGGGAGGCUGAAAUCAUGGCCUGUGGGUCACUUUAAGAAAGCGAGGCAGCUGAGACUCAGGCUUUCAGUCUUCGGUUAAGAUCCCACCCACGUUAAAUGAUGAUGUGCCAGUUUCGCUGUCAUCUUUUUUUUGUGAGAGGCAGCAAUCUGCUGUCGAUUACUGGUAGCAUUUUUGAACAUAUUACUGGUACAAAACUGUCAAUUCAGUUAUUGCAAGGGACACAUACACGGUUUUGAAGGAAUCAGCACUGAUGGGAUUCACAAAUUUUGACAGAGAUGAGUUUUAACGUAUGAAGAACACUAACUGUGUUUUCUUGUGUCUUCAAAGAAUGUUUAUGGAAUAAAUUAGAAAAGGAUUUUGGGAUUCCAACCAAUGGUGCUGCUAAAAGACAGUUGGAAGCUGGGUUGUAGUUCUUGUUUUGGUAGAUUCCUUUCAUAACUUAACAAAAAAAGAGAAAAAGAAGAAGAAAUCAAUGUGAUCAGGAGUUGUUUUUUCAACUGUUUCAACCUUUUUGCAUUUAUUUUCAGUUUAUAAAUAUUUCAGUGGUUCUUUUUUUCCUAUAAGAAUUUCCUGAAUACAGACUAUUUCACAGAAUUAUUGCCAGAGAAGUAGUCUGGCAUAAAAUAUAAAAACCAUGUUGAUUCUGUCCUGUCAGAAUGUCAGUGAUGCACAGAAAUAAUGUUUAAAAAAAUUAAAAAGAUUAUGCUCUUGUGUUGAAAUUAAUAAAGCCUUAAAAGCGAAAAAUA